GAGGCUGAGGCUGAGGCUGAGGCUGAGGCUGAGGCUGAGGCUGAGGCUGAGGCUGAGGCUGGGGCUGGGGCUGGGACUGGGGUUGAGGCGGAAUCGCCGCGUCACCCCAUUGAGGAUGUUUCCAUGACGGAGUGUGCGCUAAUGCCGCCAUCGGCGCCUCCGAUGCCACCGUUGUCGUCGUCGUCUUCCUUAGGGUCUUCUGCGCAGCCCGAUACUUUGUCGCUGAUGAGUUGCAACAGCGAAGCUAAUGUGGGUGGCAGAAGUAGCAGUGGGACUUACGAGACAUCCAUGUCGGGUGGGGGCACCAGCAUUAUGGAGAGCCCUGUGGCACCGUUGUCCGGUGCGUUGUCUGGGCCGAUGGUUGCGCCUUUGGGCUCAUUUCUGGCUGGCCAAGAGACGCUGGAUGCUGCCGCGCUGAGGCUGUCGCUGAGAUUGUCGUCUGACGCGUCUUGUUUUGGGCAGUUUGGUCUGGCUGCUUUUGCUGUGCAGCAGCAGCAACAGGAUAAGAGUAUGGAUGCGGUGAAUGAGGAAAAGGAAGAGGAGGAGGUGGGGGCGGCGCCUGGUAAGCAUGGGUUGCUGCCGUCUAAGGGUGCACCACCGUCGCCGUUGGCUGUGGCGACGGCGAAAGCAGCGGCGACUGCGGCGGCAACUGCUGAUGUUGCUUCGGCGGCGAAGACAUCCGUGGCAAAUGCUUCUGUGGUAAAAGAGGAGGAUGAUGAUCCGAUGCGGUCUCGAUUGCGGUCACUGCGGUCUCGGCGGGCGUCCAAGGAUAUGGACACUUCUACUGGCAGAAGUGCGUUGUCGGCAGCGCAAUCAGUACCAUCAAAUUCUUCUACUUCUGCGAGCGGCAUCAGCAGUAGUAGCAGCAGCAGCAGGCGGUUCAGGGCAUCGCUAUCAUCUAAACCUGACACACCAGCGGCUGGUGGGAAGAAGAAGCCGGUGACAAAGAUGGGACCGAUGCAGUUGGACCGGUUGACCAAAUUGAACACACGGCGUAAUUCGACCUAUAUGGCUUGUCGGAUUGAGCGGUAUAAUGUGCAGAGAGAGGGCAAACGACCGGUGUCGCCGUCCCUGAUGAUGCAGGUGAAGGCUCAGGAGAAACGCAUGAUGGACGAUGAUGACCGGUACUCUAUAUAUCCAUCUUCCGGCGAUGAGGACGAUGAGAACUAUGAGUAUGAUGAUGGCGAUAAUGAGCUGGAGGAGCCUGAGGCGUUGGAACUAAAUCCGGUAAAUGAAGGUGAAGGGAUGGAGGCGCUGAUUGGCGAGGAUAUUAGGCCUUUGACUCCACUGUCGUUUUCUGAUAGCGAGGACGAGAUUUUUGUGGAUACGGAGGGGCUGGAGAGUAAGAGGAAAUCCAUAGAUCUUAGUGCGAGCCUGCAACAACUGCCACCGAGCAAUGAUUUUGGCGGUAAUGAUACUGCCAAGGAUGUAGCAAUAUCAACGACCGGGCGGAGUAAGAAGCAGUGCCGGCGGCCCAAAGUCCAGUGGGGCAGCAGAUCCACAUUGCGCACGCCCUGGAUUCUCAACACGCCCAUUCCUGAACCGCCUGAGAAGAGCAGCAUAAAGCCUAUUUUGAACGUACUUGAGGAUAACAAUACUGGUGGAUUGGCUGACUCUACCAUGUCGGUGGCGGAGGCGGUCAAGACUGCUGGUAAUAAAAAGCCUGGUGCUGCGCAUGUUCUUAAUGUCGUUCGGGUCGCUUGUAUCACGUAUCCGGCACCUCCGCCUGAAUCUUUAUCGUCUUCUGAAGAGGAGCUGUUUGUAGAUGCUCUGGAUGAAGACGAUUAUGUGCCUAUUGGUAGGAAAAUGACUAGGCGAAGUGCUGGAACUAGAAGACAUUAGAUUUUUUUUCUCUCUCUCUCUCUUUUUUAUUUUUACUUUUUCAUUGCUGAUUAUCGAAUUUUUUAUUCUGAUUUUAUUUAUUUAUAUAAACUUUACCAAAAAAA